AUGGAUCCCGCAGCUCGCAUCACACUCGACUACACCCUGCGUGACCUCUACUCGGACAACAAUGAAGAUGACUUGAACAUGACCCUUAUCUACUAUCCUCUGCAAUUCGGGUAUCUGCAUGAGAGCUCAUCAGCCAAAUAUGCUUAUGGGUACACGCUCGAAAGCGACGAUGAAAAGGCGAUGUCCUCGUUUACAAUGGCGGCGAACAUGGUGCCCCAGCGAUACGCCUUCUCCGCAGGCCAGAUGCCCCUGGUCAUCCUAGACUUUGAUUCAACCAACAAGCAGAAAGAAGCGAACCGUAAACCAUGUGAAACCAUUGACGAGCUACCGGUGCACCAUCUCGAUAUCCGUCGGACCUUCUCCCAAUUAAUGCCCGACCAGCAGCCGAUAUUGACUGUUGCCAUUAGCCCGGAAAGCAUAUCGCUAGACCCUGGGGCGCAGAUUGCUGUCCUACUCCCUACUGACUGUAUGUCGCAUCUGCCCCAUGUCGUUCACCCGGAGACCCAUUAUGAGAUCCUGUCAAAACGCGGACUUGCUCUCUCCGGCUUGCCGACACCACCGUCCCAAGUGAUUGAUACCGGUCUGGUCGAUUCAAACGACCCAACUCUUGUGAAGCAAGAGGUUGCACGGAUGGUGGAGUCUAUCGACCAGCGUCAAGUGCCCUUUAUGGUCAAGCUUCCGCAGUCCGUAUCCGGCAUCGGUACCUUCUCGAUCACCACCGACGUCGAAAGGAACCGAGUGAAGACUCUCCUCACGGAGCAGUUGGGAGUGAUCCUACGGCAGCUCAACCGGUCCAACCAUCACCUAUAUCCAUGUUCCAUGGUGCUUCAAGAUUUUGUUGCGGGACCAGUAGUGGCCUUGUCGCUUUUUAUCACCAAAAAUGGGCAGGCCCGUUUCAUUUCUUGUUGUGAGCAACGCUUCGAUGCGCGGGGACAUUGGAUUGGCGGCACAAUAUCGUACCGCCAGCAGGGGGGACUUCGCCAGACCUUUGCAACCAUCAUGCAGAAGGUGGCAGAUUUCCUGCAUACCAAAGGCUACCAUGGGCCGGCUGGCGUGGAUAUCGUUUCAGAUGAUCACUCGGGGGAGCAGUUAGUUAUUGACCUCAACGCCCGGGUCACCGGUACGUUCCAUCUAGGCCCUCUCAUGGGACACUUUACCAAGCGUGGGCUGUUUGAAGCUGGCAUGACUACGGGUGACUUCUCAUGCUCCCGAGACACAUUCGAGCAGACGUUUGCAGACGAGAUUCGCAAUGGUAGUCUGAUCGUGAGUGGCUGGGUCCAUAACGAGUCGAGUCGUCUCAGCCAUGCUGCAAUCACUAUCGGGGCCCGAGAGCCUGAUGAAUUAAAAGGAUAUUUUGAACGUAUCGGAGCAUUUGCUGUUCACUCAUAG